AGUCUUUAUCAGGAAAUCUCUUGUCUUGGAUUGGAAUUUUAUUUUUACAAAGAACUGGAGGGGCCACAGCCGUGGAGGAGCUAACCUCGAGCACUUCACGAACAAUAUUUUUUUACAUUACGAUAAAUAUUUCAUAUACCUAGAUCUAUCAUGGAGCAGUUUCAAGAUAUUGAUGAUGAACAUUUCAGUGAAAAAUGUUCGAUUGUUGCCAAAGAUAUCCAAAGGGGAGAUUUAACUGUUCUCAGUUUGAUAGAAAAUUUGGGCUCUUUAUUGACUGAUACCUCUGCAACCAAAAGAGAGCUAGGCAUUGCAGUGUUAUCCGAAGUACUGAACAAAAUUCCAUCAAACUGCUUGAAUGCACAAGAGCUAUCAGUGAUUUCUUCUUUUUAUGCUGAAAAACUAAAAGAUCUUCACCAGGUGGUGCCUCCUAGUUUAAAAGGAAUUUUAACAAUAAUAGAAUUUGAAAAUUUUCCAGGCCAGAAGGUAGCAGUUUUGUUGAAUGCUUUAUUUCAUAAUGUUUCCUGUCAACAACAGCAACAAGCUGAUAGAAAUACAAUUUAUAGAAUAUUUGACCUUAUGUCCAGAAGAUUUUCUACAGAGUUGAUUUCAAUGAAACUAGAAUUUGUGUAUGGCGUCUUGCAAUCCAUAGACGGAGAGCGAGAUCCUAGGAAUCUCUUGUUCCUAUUCAAGUGGCUGAAAACUUUUUUGGGUUUGGUUUCCUUGGGACAUUUGGCCGAAGAUUUUUUUGAAGUUCUUGCUUGCUACUUCCCGGUCGAUUUCCGGGCCCCACCAUCUGAAAAAGGUAUCACAAGAGACGUUCUAGCAGAUGCCUUGCUGCCAUGUUUAACUGCAGUUCCCGAUUUUGGGGAAUUUUGUAUUCCACUUGCUUUAGAAAAGCUAGAUUCGUCUCUGAAAAUUGCUAAACUAGAUUCACUGAAAUUGCUGAUUGAAGGUUGUAGAACAUUCGACUCAUCCCUUUAUCUAGAAAAGGCACCAGAAAUAUCGUCCCAAUUACAAAAAGAGAUUUUCAGCAAUCCCACUUCUGAUAUAAAAUCGCUUUGUCUCGAAACUAUGACAGCCACCAUUAACAAAAUAUCAUCACAAGCGGAUGCUUGUGAAGACAUCUCUAGGAAUAUCGUCGACACUUUGAAGGCAAAUUUGAUACCAGACUCGAGGUUUUACCAACCAUCCGAAGACAUUUUGUACCAUGUAGCUCUCGCAUCUGAAAACUCUUCAAAAUGUGUAGCCAAAGAGAUUGUUCCGGUGCUAGCAAACAUGUAUGUAAUAACUUCCACGAUGGACAAAAAAUUGUUCACCUUGAGAACUCUAGUCAAAAUCACUAAAGCCUACUUAAAAUACCACACUAGUCUAAACACCCAGGAAAUACCGGAUAUAGCUAAAGUGCCAAUCUUAUGCGUUGAAGCGAUGAACUCAAAUGGAAUUUCUAGAAAAAUAGGUUGUGACAGUUUAACAGCCAUGGUACAAAAUUUGCCACAGGAAGUGAGGUUAAAGUUGUACCAAUAUUUACGUACGGGUAUUCAUUCUCCUAGUGAAAAUGCAGAUUUGAAAAAAUCGGAGCUAGAGUGUCUCAAGAAUUUAGCUUCACAUUAUCCCAGUGAAGUUAAACUGAAUGUGUUUGAGGAAGACUCAAAGAAUAGCUCAAUUUUGAAUUCGCUAACAAUUCUAGUGAACUUGAAAGAAUUCAGAGACUUUGUGAUUGAACACUUCAUAAAUUUUCUACAAAACGUUGAGACUAUUCCUUUCACUUUGGAUUCUAUGAAGGAUUUGCUAGAAAGAGAGCAAAGCAACAAAGAACUCAUUCAAGCAUUCCUAGACAAAAACUUGCUGGAUAUUCUCAUAGCUUUGGCCUUGAGGGAAGAUCUAACUGCGACGUUGCCGAAUGUCUCGAGGAUACUGAAACUUUUGAUCGGCCCUCUGGAUGUCUCCCUUCAAAAUGAAAUUCUGGAGCGGCAUUUGAAGGUGGUUUACGAGAAAUCUGCGCGUUGUCACAUUUACUUGAUUGUGUUAGACGGUUUAGUUUCUGCUUUACGAAGAGACAUUCAAGUGUGCUAUGAAGUGCUGGAGCUAGCUUUGGAAAUUUCGCUCCUCAGCCAAGAUGGGGAUGUUCAAAAAGUUGCUGUGCAACUUUUGGCUAAUUUGAUCAACAAGCGAAACGAUGAUGAAGUAUUCAACCUCUAUUUAGACGAAAUCCAAAAUGUUUGUUUGACAUCAAUAAAAAAUGACAACUUGAAUAUUGAUCCAAUAUUGACGAUGUUCUGGAUAACCAAGGCACUUGUUAUGAGAAACAGUGCCAAAGGAAUUUUAUGGCUUGAUUAUGUGUUGAAACUCCUGGAUGAACAUAAUGAAGCAGUCGAAGGAUUGGAAAUUAUCAUGAAAGACGAUUAUGAGUCCUUGAGCUCGGCCUGCCAUUGUAAUAAAUUAUUGAUAUACAGACAGAAAAUGUUCGUUUACAUCACAAACAGGAUAGCUGAGAAGUAUAGUACAAAUAAAUUAUUUUAUUCAAAGGCAACUGCUUGUUUGUUGAAGCAUACUCCAUCGCAAGCGAUAAACAUGCAAUAUAAAAAGAUUUCCAAACUUAUUUUAUUGUGUUUGGAAACGGAUGAGGAAUCAGAAAAUCUCAAUAUACUCCUGAAAAUUAUAAAAGACACCCUUUUGAAUGAUAGUGCCUUGAUUGAAGACCAUCUGGAAGAUUAUUUAACUAGGAUAUUGAGGUUAACUUCAUUUAAAAAUAGUAUGCAAGUUAGAAUCAAGGCUAUACAGUGUCUCGUCCAUUUCACAUCACUAUUUCCAUUGUAUAAAUUGAUACCAUUCAAAAGUAAAGUUUUGCAAUGUCUAAGUGAUUGCAUUGAUGACAGAAAACGCCUAGUAAGAAGAGAAGCUGUAGAAGCAAGAUCUCUUUGGUUUCUAAUGGAUGCGCCCAUUUAAUAUUUCUUUAUAGAUAUAUGGAGUAUAUAUUUGUCAAAUGGACAUUGUUUUUGUUGAAAAUUGCGUUGGAGUUUGUAGUUG